CUCUCUCUCCCGGACCCUCCUUCUCUUCAAAUAAGCCGGCGGCCACCCCUCAAACUGCCGGCGAUAGAGCUUCUCUGUACCCCAAAACCUCUUCCUCCUUCCUCGCCGACCCUUGGCUUCUCUCUCCUCCUUAGGUUUCGUUUUCUUGCUCACGCCAGUCAUCGGCCUCCCCAUUCCCGCUACAUGGCUUUUUCUUCUUCAACAUGCCGGCAGCUAUAUUCCCUUCUCCGAUCACCAUCGUCACCAUCAAAGCUUUUCAUCUCACCAUUCCUUUUCUUUCUCACUUUUUCUGCUCCGUGAAGACUCUUCGUUGUCGCAAAUUCGCCAGCCACUUCCUUGAUUUCAGCUUCCAUUUUGUUCUAGAUUUAUGGUCACCUAAAGGAAUCAAGGGCGAGUGAAUCUCAAAAGCAACAAAGAUGCGCCCAGAUCUGCAGAUCGAUGAUGGUGGUGAUGUUUUACGCGCAAUGGCGGCGACUAUCGGAGAACAACAGCUCAACAGUUUGUACUUGAAUUGGCCGGAAAAUUCAUGUGCAAUCGAAAAGUCAGUCCACGUGCUUGAAAAGAGACGAGGCUACCUCUCUUGCAGAUCAGCCCAAAACUCUUAUCAUCGGGCCUUCCGCAACAGAUGUGAAUUGGAUUGGGUAAAAUUCGGAUUGGGUAAGGCUUAGGUCCAUUUUUGGUUUAGAGUUAGGGCUUGGUGCUGAGUAGACAGAUAGGGUUUUUCUGAGGAGUAUAAAUAGGGAUUUUAGGAGCACAAAGGGGGGAGAGGUCUUUGUUUUGUUUUGUGUAUUGAGAACGGCGGCAGAAAAGAGAGGAGUUCUGCUAGAGGGAGCCGGUGAUUUGGGAGAAGAUUUGGGUCUACCUUUGUAGGUAAUUUUCUGAACAGAGGAGUUUUCUGGGAACGGUGGUGAAGGGGACGAUGGAAGCCUGGUCUCGUGGGUGGGAUCCCUCCCAUUAGAUCCGGAUCUACUUUUCCUAAAAAAACUCUGCCGUGGGUGUGUUGCUUUGUUGUUGAUUUCUUUUUUUCUUUUUUUUUUUUUCUGUAUUUUUCAUUGAAUGUUCAAGGUUGUAUGUGUUUCUUGAGAAAUGAAUGAAAGAUCAUAGAUUUC